AUGGGCUUUAAGGGAGUUGAGCCACUUUAUGAACCACCGUGCAAGAAGGCGCGAGAAAUGUCACACUUUGAAAAUGCUGAGCAGUCUUUGUUUGGCCCUAAUGACUUCAUCUCGGACAUGUCCACUGGGUUCGGCGUUGCACAAUCCGUCGAAGGAGGGGAGCAUAUAUGCCUUUGGCAAACGAACGUGAAGUCGGAGGAUGGCAUGCCUACUCUUUGCAACGUGAAGUUUGAUUCUGCGAAGGACUUGGCAGAGCACAUGAAGGACGAGCACACUGAGGGAUCCGACGGCAAGUACUGCUGUCAGUGGCGUGGCUGUACUUCGAGCACCGACUUCAAGCAGUCUGGCAAGUUGGCAAGGCAUUUUGCGAUCCAUUCGAAGUACAAGAGGUUCCAGUGCAAGUAUUGCGACAAGAGUUUCAACACCGCCCAAACGUUGGAAAACCACCACAACACUCACACUGGCGAGCGCCCUCAUGCGUGCCAUUACGAAGGUUGUACUUACGCCGCCGCUACGGCAACUCAGCUCAAGGGUCACAUCCAAGGCACUCAUCUGAAAGAAAAGAGGUUCCAGUGCAAGCUUUGCGAUUUCUGCUGUACCGACUCGUCAAAUCUCACAAAGCACGAGAACGGAGUUCAUGGUCGUAAGGAGUACAGGUGCCCGCAUCCCGGCUGCACAGCACCGGUCACGGGCGAGUGGAGUGUCAUCCGCAAGCAUUUCAAAGAGUCUGGACACUGUCCGGAGCUUCUCGAGAGCAACUCGCAAGCGCAGAAGAAGUUCAAGAAGGCGGCCGUCGUCAAGGACCAGGCUGGCGUCAUGGCUAAUGGCCGCAGAGCACCCAUCUCGCGUAACAGGACCAAGCGCAGCGAGACGGCUGAGCAGAACGUGAAGAGCGAGUCGGCGGAGCCCAUUGCCGCGUAG